CUUCCGUGGCCUGCGAGGUCGCCAGGCGACUCCAAGAUGGCGGCCGCUGCAACGGCAGUAACGGCGGCGGCGUGAGGGGGGCUGUUUCUUCCGCUCGGGGGCCAUGGCGGCGCUCUGGGCCUUGCCGGGCCUGGAGAACCAGUGAGGGCGAAGAUGUCGGAGAGCUACUCGCGUUGGCUGCUCCGCGUGUCGGUGGCGCAGGUGUGCCAGGCGCUGGGAUGGGACUCGGUGCAGCUUUCCGCCUGCGACCUCCUCACCGACGUGCUCCAGCGCUACCUCCACUCCUUGGGCCGGGGCUGCCGGCGCUACUGCGAGCUCUAUGGCCGGACAGACCCAAUUUUGGAGGACGUGGGUGAAGCCUUUAAGCUCAUGGGGGUCAACCUGCACGAACUGGAAGAUUACAUCCUCAAUAUCGAACCCGUGACUUUUGCACAUCAGAUCCCUUCCUUCCCCGUGAGUAAGAAUAAUGUGCUGCAGUUUCCUCAGCCCGGAAGCAAAGACGCAGAAGAGAGGAAGGAGUAUAUUCCUGAUUACAUGCCACCUCUGGUCUCUUCUCAAGAAGAGGAGGAAGAGGAGCAGGUGCCAACGGAUGGAGGAACCUCCGCAGAAGCCAUGCAGGUACCUUUGGAGGAAGAAGGAGAAAUGGAAGAAGACGAGGCUGUGAACGACGAAAAUUACUUAAGCAAGAGGCCCCUGGAAAGCCCCGAAUCCGAGGAACUGCCUCCAGCCAAGCGACCCAAACUAACCAACACAAAAGGAGAUGCUCAACUCGACGUCACCCCGGAGCCACGCGAACCUCUUAGUUUGAUCAACGCCCAGAAGGUCCCUCCGAUGCUUUCGCCGGUUUGUGUUCAAGAGGGCGGCGAUCAGGUACCGACUUCCCCAGAGCCACCUGUCCUGGCUCCGAUGGCAAAGUCCCAGCUGCCCGUUCCCAAACCCUCCGAAUCCAAAGCACUUCUUCCUAAACCCAAGACAAAAUCAGUCUCUCCGGUGCAUAAGACUAAAACACCCAAGGUUUCCCCAUCUCCGGCAGUGAUGGGCAGCCCUCUUCGCUCGCCCAAAAUUGGUAUCAAGGAGAAGAAGUCUCCUGGCCGGGCCAAGAGCCCCCGAAGCCCGAAAAGUCCCAAACUUCCAGUUCACGUGAUCCCUCAAAUAACAAUUAAGCAGGAGACCCCGAUGAAAACCCCGUUAGUUGUACUGAGCGAAAAGAUGGGGAAAGAGACUAUUCAGGUUAAACAAGUACCAAUGCCAGCUGAACCUGUCAAACUCACAUGUGAAAACCCAGCAAAGAAAUUCACGGUGAUGGACAAGACAAUCGACGAUUCGAUUGAUGCGGUCAUUGCCCAGGCAUGUGCCGAACGGGAUCCAGAUCCAUUUGAGUUUUCUUCCGGGUCUGAAUCUGAAGGAGAUGUUUUCACGAGCCCCAAAAGACUUUCUGUGUCUGAGCCUCCCAUCCCUAAAGCUUCCAUUUUGGCGAAUAGCGGCUUAAAUAAAGCAGGGAGCACCCCACUUCCUCCUUCUGGCGGAACCUCAAGUUCGGACAUUUCAUGGACGAUGGACGAUUCGAUCGACGAAGUGAUUCGGAAAGCCAACAUGGGUCCUCACACGAAUUUACCGGCGAGCUUCCCCUAUUUCUCAUCUCCUUCGGCUUCUCCGCCCACGCCGGAACCUUUGCUCAAAAUCUACGAAGAGAAAACGAAGCAGGCGGCCUCGGUGGAGGUGAAGAAGAAGCUGAAGAAGGAGCUGAAGACCAAAAUGAAAAAGAAAGAAAAGCAGAAAGAUAAGGAGAAGAACAAAGAGAAGAACAAAGACAAGGAGAAGAACAAGGAGAAGGACCGAGACAAGGAAGGAGGCCGAGAAGCCAAGUUUCAAUGGAAGGACCUGCUCAGAGGAGACGAUGACCUGGAUUCUUUCAAGUUCAAAAUGAAGGACUUUGAGGAUGACACCAAAGUCAAGAUCAAAGACCCCGGGUCCAAGAAAGAACGCGAGAAACAUAAAGAUAAGAAGAAGGAGAAAGAGAAAGGCAAAAAGGACCGAGAGAAGAAAGAUAAGGAGAAAAUAAAAGAGAAAAAUAAGGACAAGGCUAAAGCUUUGUCAGUCCCUCUGGUCCUCCCUCCCAAAGACCUGCCCCUCCCCUUGUACUGCACCCCAACCGCCAUGAAACUCCCCUCGUUGCUACAGCCCCCUUCCGCGGUCCUUCCCGAGAAGCUGUUUGAGGAGAAGGAAAAACCCAAAGAAAAGAAAAAAGACAAAAAAGAGAAGAAGAAAAAGAAGGAGCGGGAGAAAGACAAAGAGAAGGAGAAAAGGGAGAAGGAGAAAGAGAAAGAAAAGAAGGAACGGGAGAAGAAGGAGAAAGAGAAAGACAAACACAAGCAUGAAAAACAGAUCAAAAUCGAACCCGUUAUCCUGGCCCCGUCUCCUGUGAUUCCCCGGCUGACACUGCGAGUGGGUGGUCAGGACAAAAUUGUAAUCAGCAAAGUGAUGCCCACGACGGAGCCUAAACCGUUACCUCUCCUGGUUCGACCCAAAACGCCGCCGCCACCGCCUUCCCCAGCACCAGCUCCUGUCCACGUCACACCUCCACCUCCUCCUCCGGUGGUCCCCACCAUCCCUCCAGCCACCCUUUCUCCAGCUCUGAUACCACCGUCCUCCCCUGCACCGUCCGCCAUGGGAAGCUUCAAAGUCCCCGUUCGAAGCGUUGUGACAGAGACCGUCAGUAAUUAUGUGAUCCGAGAUGAGUGGGGGAACAAAAUAUGGAUCUGUCCCGGGUGUGAAAAGCCGGACGAUGGCAGCCCGAUGAUUGGGUGUGACGACUGUGACGAUUGGUAUCACUGGCCCUGCGUCGGCAUCACGGCUGCUCCCCCUGAAGAGAUACAAUGGUUCUGCUGUCGGUGCGCGAGCAAAAAGAAGGACAAAAAACACAAGAAGGGAAAACACAAAGCACACUGAAGUUGUGGAGAAUUGUCAGGGCGGGGGGGCCCUGGACGUUCCUGCUCCCCGAGUCCUCUUUUUCGGAGGGAUUCGGUCCGGCUUCUGCUUGCCCUGUCCGUUGCCAUCACAUCUCUGAGGAUUUCGUUUUUGGGACGAAUCGCAAAGAUGCACAUCCAUACAUACAGUUCUCUCCCUCCGCUUCUCUCUCUCUCUGUCUCUUUCUCUUUCUCUCUCUCUCUUUUUCCUCCUUCACCAAGUGUGACAGGCACAAAUUGAGAAUUUAACGGACUCGCCAGCCAGAAGAACAAUCAACCAAGCAGCAGAGACCUUUGUAAAUAUCAGCCGUCUUCUUUAGACUUUGCGUUUCUUUUUUCCCCCCUUGGUUUUAAGUAGCAGAAGAGACUAAUUAUGAUCCUUUUGAAAACCCCUGGAGUGAUUUCCGCCGCCUUUUCCUUGCAAAGCCAGAAAAAUCAGAUGUGACUCCGGGAUGGAGUAAAAUGGCUGGUAGAUUUUUAUUUUAUUUUUUUUCUGAUGGGAGUAUGUGAAACUUUUUUUUUGUCUCUGUCCUUGUUUUUUCCUCCUCCCAUUUUCUUUCUUUCUUUCUUUCUUUCUUUUUUUACAACAACAUAAAUAAAUCUGCCUUAGCUUUUU